AUGUCCACAACGGCGACAGCCGACGAGGGUGUGCCCCUCCUGCCGGGCACGGAGAAGGCGCCCCGGCGCCGUAUGACCCGUUGGGGCAAGAUCGACGACGGCAAGAACAUGGUCAUCCACAACACGACCAACUCGUUCCUCCACGAGCUCAAGAUGCUGUCGAACAAGGCGGCGAAUGUUACGGAAGAGGAUGAAUCGCAGAGCCUCUGGGGACCCGAGGACGACAGGCCGUUCCUGCCGCCGCCCUUCGUCGACCUUCCGCCGGGGAUGACACCCUCGCAGAUGGACCAGUUUCUCCGCGAGCAGCGCCACGACGACCUGGUGAAGAAGAUCGCCUCCGGAGAGCUGGAGCUUGGCGAUGCGGACAUCAGGCCGCCCUCGCCGCCGCCGGUUUACGACCGCAACGGCAGCCGUGUGAACACCCGUGAGGUCAGGGCCAAGAACGCCAUGAACGAGGAGUACAACCGCCUGGUGGAGUACCUGCUCAAGCACCUGCCCGGGUUCGUGGCCUCGGCCGACUACAAGCCGCUGAAGAAGGUGCGCAAGAUCAUCAUCCCCCUCGACAAGUACCCCGAGUACAACUUCAUGGGUCUCGUCAUCGGCCCGCGUGGAUGCAACCACAAGCGCCUGGAGGCAGAGAGUGGCGCGCAGAUAUCGCUGCGCGGCCGCGGUACCAUCAAGGAGGGCAAGCAGCGCGACCACCAGACCGACGAGGACGCGGCCAUGCCCAUGCACGUGCACAUUUCGGCUGACAAGGAGGAGUGCGUGGAAAAGGCGGUGGCACUGAUCGGGCCGCUGCUCGACCCCUUCCACCCCAAACACGAGGAGUUCAAGCGCCGCGGCUUGGAGCAGUUGGCGCUGGUGAACGGUGUCGCCCUGGGCAUUUCCGACGCCAGCCGUUGCAGCGUCUGCGGCGGCGUGGGUCACCGCGCGUACGAGUGCCCCGACGCCCCCAAUCUACACACCGUCAAGCAUGCGGACGUGCGCUGCGCCAUCUGCGGGUUCAUGGGCCACCUGACUUCCGACUGCAAGUUGGCCGGCAGCACCGGCACCACUGCCGCCACCCAGGAGGCGGUCAAGCUUGACCAGGAGUACAACCGCAUGAUGACGGAGCUGACUGGCGGCGGGGCUGCGGCUACUGGGGAACAGGACCCCCAGAGCGCCGAGCAGCUGCAGCAGUACCAGAUGGCCUUCUACCAGCAGCAGUACCAGCACUACCAACAGUAUCAGCAGCAGAUGUACCAGCCGCAGCAGUACUACUACUCGGCGCAGUACUACCCGCAGUAUUACCAGCAGGGAGCGCAGGCGGUUGCCACGGGCGAGUCUGGUGUCGCCCAGCCGGCUGCUUACGACUAUUCUCAUUACGCCACUGCUGCUGCGGCUGCCCAGGUAACGGUAGCGGAGCAACCAGCUGUUGUUCCAGCGGAAACUGCCGCUCCUAUGCCACCGCAGACUGCCGCGCCCCCGGAGCCCGAGUUGCCGCCGGAACCAUUUGCGGCAGCUCCGGAUGAGCCUGCGCCUCCGCUGCCGGAGGACGAGGGGGCACCACCUCCAUCUUAG